AUGGACCUCGAAGAAGGUAGAGGUUCAAAUGCAAAAUUGAUUCCCUCUACACCAAGCUAUGUGAGUGAAUGGAAACCGAUGUCCGCCAACUCAGCCACCUCUAGACUUGUCCUUCAACACGACCUUCGGGAGGAUCCUGCCUAUGUCAAGGUGGAUGCGCGGACGGACACUGGGUUUAUAUUUCCUGCGUUUGGAUCCGCCCAGCAGGACGACGACGCUGGUGUAAUGUAUGGGGGCGUGGUGUUCUUCUAUAACAGGACGCACAUUGAUAUAUUCGUUUCUCAUUUGGGUAACAGCAAUAUAUCAAGAAAGAACUGGGCAACAGUAUAUACAGGAGCAGAGAGUAAGUGGAUUGGUCCUCAAAACAUUUCUCGCGUGUACGAGUCCAUUACUGUUCAGGCUAAAGCUUGGAGAUCACGUGACCUGCCUCCACCUACCUGGAAGAGUCAAACUAUAGAUGUUAAGGAAGGUGGCUGUUUGAAUGCAUCACUUAACCAUACACUUAACAAAUAUCCUGACCUAAUUCUUGUACAGAUUCGAAACAAUGGGCGUAUUUUUCAUGGACAAGGUUUAUCUUCACUAGGCUCUCCCACAAUCACAUUUCUUCACUUUGGUGGGGUACUUUUUGGAACAAACGAGUCUCAUGUUCAACUCUGGUCGGCUUGUGAUACAACAGGGAAAUUAAAAAAAUUAUCACUGAUAGCUAUUGCCGACGGAUGGGGAGAAAAGACAAACUUUUUACAUAUCAAGGAUGGAUCAAUCACAGUUACUGCUUGGGAUUUGACAGGAUUCAAGGAAAAUGAAAUUGUAAUAAAAAAGCGUUUGCAAGAAGUUGAAACCGCAAAGUACUUGCUCACUGAAAACUUAGCUACAGGCAAUUUUAUCAAUGUUCAGCUUCACGUGCUUGAUGGUGCAAACAAGAAUUUCCGGUUUGAUGGCGUCGGGUCUGUGAUGAAUGAAGCUGAACCAUACGGGGGACUCGUGUACGGUUACAACGACUCUAUGGUAGCAAUCUGGGUACCCAACCCUCUCAAAAGGAAAAGUAAUGAAUCAGCAGCUGUUUUCAUGUUAGGAAGGAUUUGGGGAUGGAAUUUCAAGGCACAAAUGACUAAUAACGUGGACAUAGUCUUAACAGUCAUGGAUGUGCUAGUGCCAAUCUGUUUACUUGAGGUAGAUACGUCGACAACACGCAUAGUUUCUUCAUUCCAAUAUGAAAUUUACAAUACUUCUGUCCUAAAAUUUGCUUAUGGUGAUGAAAUCACAUUGACAUGUAAACGUGGUUAUAAAGCAUUGGAUCCAAUUGUGAAAAUGAUGUGUUAUCCUGAGCAUAACGGUACAUGGAGUAGAACUCUUCCUUCCAUAUGCAGAGAAAUUGUUUGUCCGGAUCCUUUUAUAAUGAACACAGACAUGUUGCAUUACGAUACCUCUUAUGGAGGACUUGUAUCAUACACAUGCACUGCUGGAUAUAGAUACAUAAGUGGCGAUCUCCGACGGACAUGUGUUGGAAAUGGUAGUUGGAAUGGGACAGAGCCUCUGUGUAAAGAAUGUAAGUGUCCUUGUUCAGCUAUUGGCUCGGCACCGAUUAAAUCUAACGACACAGAGAAACUAAAUCAACGAAUCAAAGAAUUGCGAUCCAUGUUGUCUAUACAGAAAAACAUGACUGCUAAAGCUAGGCUCUCAAAGAUAUGUGCAUCUGAUCCGCGACCAUCUGCCAAGGGAAUGGGGGUCGUCUUGGGAAUAGGAGUUUUAGUUGUUAUCAUUUCAAGCAUUGCUCUCUUGGAUCUACCCAAUCUUAUAAAUGCAGUCAAAUCAAAGAAGCAGUGAAAAGAAUUCGCAGAGUUCAUUUGUUGAAUUUGAAACAUUAUAACUGCGUGACAAAGAUAUGGAACAAAAUUAGGACAAACCAUACUUAAGUGAAUUGGAUCCAAAUUUAUUUGUUUAAAUGAAGGUCACGCUUUCUAA